UCCCCGAGACCAACGGGAGGCUGAGGAUGGAGUCCAGAGGGAUGGGGUCCCGGCCGGCAAGGAUGCAAUGCUGGGGAACUGGGGAGCAAGACAGAAGAACCCGGGUCACCAAAAGCAGAAUGGGAUGCUGGGGAAGGCGUUGCCAAAGGCGACUCCAGCACCGAGCCCCCCACCCCAGCUGGAUAACCACUCCCCCGAAGAGCUCCCUACCCCACCGAGGGACGGACGACCGCCCUACCCGAGCUCCCUCCGCUCUCUGCCCUUCUGAGGGAACCUGGACUUGGAUCCACACCACAACCCUGCCCUCCCCUCCUGCCCCGCACCUUUCCCCUACCAUGCCCCCGCUUUCUGGCUGCUGGGUGCUCCUGCUGUUCUCCGCAGGAGUCCAGGCAGCCCUGGAGAGCCCCAGCGCUGUCCCCGAGCAUGUCCAUCUGUCCUACCCAGGUGAGCCAGGCUCCAUGACAGUGACCUGGACCACGUGGGUUCCGGCCCGCUCAGAAGUGCAGUUCGGGGUGCAGCUGUCUGGGCCCCUGCCCCUCCGGGCGCAGGGCUUCCUCACCACCUUCGUGGACGGGGGCAUCCUGAAGCGCAAGAUCUACAUCCACCGGGUGACGCUGCGGAAGCUGCUGCCCGGGGUCCAGUACAUUUACCGCUGUGGCAGUGCCCAGGGCUGGAGCCGUCGGUUCCGCUUCAGGGCCUUGAAGAACGGGGUUCAUUGGAGCCCCCGGCUGGCUGUGUUUGGGGACAUGGGGGCUGACAACGCGAAGGCCCUUCCUCGGCUGCGCAGGGACACCCAGCAGGGCAUGUACGAUGCCAUUCUCCAUGUGGGAGACUUCGCCUACAAUAUGGAUCAGGACAAUGCCCGGGUCGGGGACAGGUUCAUGCAGCUCAUCGAGCCUGUGGCUGCCAGCCUGCCGUACAUGACGUGUCCUGGAAACCACGAGCAGCGCUACAACUUCUCUAACUACAAGGCUCGCUUCAGCAUGCCAGGGAACAGCGAAGGCCUGUGGUACAGCUGGGAUCUGGGUCCGGCCCACAUCAUCUCCUUCUCCACCGAGGUCUAUUUCUUUCUCCACUAUGGGCGCCAUCUGCUUCAGAGACAGUUUCGCUGGCUGGAGAGUGACCUCCAGAAAGCCAAUAAGAACCGGGCAGCGCGGCCGUGGAUCAUUACCAUGGGUCACCGGCCCAUGUACUGUUCCAACGCCGACCUGGACGACUGCACAAAGUACGAGAGCAAGGUCCGCAGAGGCCUCGGGGGCAAGUACGGGCUGGAGGAUCUCUUCUACAAGCACGGGGUGGACCUGGAGCUGUGGGCUCACGAGCACUCAUAUGAACGGCUGUGGCCCAUUUAUAACUACCAGGUGUUUAACGGCAGCCUGCACCAGCCCUACACCCACCCUCGAGGUCCUGUGCACAUCAUCACCGGGUCUGCGGGCUGUGAGGAGCGUCUCACCCCCUUUACCAUCAGGCCAAGGCCCUGGAGCGCCGUGCGUGUUAAAGAGUACGGGUACACACGGAUGCACAUCCUCAACGGUACCCACAUUCACAUCCAGCAAGUGUCCGAUGACCAGGAUGGGAAGAUUGUGGACGACUUCUGGUUGGUGAGGCCCCUGCACGGCCGGAUGGUGUACCUCUAGGGACGCGGGAUGCUCUCAUCAGGACCUAGGCCUUGCCGCCUUGGCUGGAGUGACUGGACCAUUGGCCCUGGCCUGGGUGGGGAGUCAGGGCAGGCCCACUCCCUGCCCUCUAAGGCCUCGUGUGGGGUGCAUGCAGCCUGAGGUGGGCAGCUCUCUCCUCCGUACAUGUGGGAGUCCCAGCUGGCUGUGGAGGGAGGACAGGUAUGCGGGUAUGUGCCCUCCUGCCUAGCCCUGACCGGGCUGGAUACCCAAGUGCCUCGGAAUAAAGAGGCUUGCAGCUGUGGCCCUGUGCACUCACACAUCUGCCGGCCAGGCCGCUGAGCCGCCUCCCCUCACCUGGUGCGCACCCAAUGAGGGGCAUCACCAGCCCCAAGUCAGCAGGGUGGGCACAGCUGUCAUGCCCUCACUUCCCAGCAGGUGGCAUCAGUGGCCUUUUCUUCCUGUCCUGGCCCUCUGUCACCCAAGCCUGGCUCCUGCCUCCCUGGCCCGGGAAGGGCUGCCCAAUAUCCCUUUGUGCCUCAGUUUCCCAGCCAGUGCUCUUUCCUGCAGGAAGCAGGAGAUAAAGAGAGGACACGUUAACAUUCCAGAAUCCCGGCUGGGGAACUGAUGGGUCUCAGGAGCUCACAGACCUGUCAGUUUCUUGCCUCUUCCGUCCAUUUCUCUUUCUCUUCGCCUUUUUAUUUAUUCAACUAUUAUUUAUUGAGCAUCUGCUACAUGCUGGGCUCUGUUCUCAGUUCUAGGAAGAUGGCCCUGAACAAGACAGCCCAUGCGGAGUGGACAUUACAACCAGGGAAAUGGAAAGGAGACACUGUAAAUAAGGAGGUUACAGGCCUUGAGUGCUCAGAAAAGGUAGGGAAGAGAGAUGGAGAGGGGACAGAGUCAGGAAGACCUCACUGAGAGGUGACAUCUGAUCUGAAGGAGAUGAGGGAGGAGACAGGUGAGAGAGAGAGACAGAGAGAGAGAGAGACAGAGAGAAACUCCGCCGGGAUAUUGGCCAGGAGGCUGAUGCAGGAGGAGCAACGGGACUUAGGGGUGAGGACAGGGAGGUGACGGCAGGCUGGAAACUUUGUGGGCCAUGGUGAGAGGGAUUUGGGUGGGGCCGCAGGGUGGCCCCGGGCUGGUGAAGAAUGCGAUCGGACCGGACCGCAGCAGUCUUGGGGCUUCUAUCUGCCUGCAGCAGGUUCCCAGCCCUGCGGGACAACCCUGCAGCUGGUCCUGCUCUGUCCUGUGUCGUUUCAAACUCUUCUGAUCUGAACCUCUGCACCCUUACCCCGGCUUCCGGGAGUCUCUGAAACGCACUAACCCUCAGCCCCAGCGUUCUCCUCAAGCCUCCCUGGUGACCUCAGCUAGAGCAGGUCUCUGUCACUCUGUGUCCCUCGCUGCUUUCAGUUCUCAGUGUCCUCCCCAAUUUCAUCUUCCUCCUGGGCUGGAGGUCUGGGACCAGGGACUUUUUGUUCAUAUCUGAGUCUGUCACUUCCGCCGGGCCCCUUCUCGGGAUGGCGGCUCACUGGAGGGCUGGCCGGGCGUCGCGUACACACUUCAUAAGUAUUUGCUGCCUCGAUGAAGGCAGCCUCGGCCAGGCUCUGGCCGGACGACCCUGGGGACAGUGAGGAGUCAGUGCCCGUCGUGUCCUGUCGAGUUUGCAGGUAGAUGGGGAGACGUGGCCACCCGACCAGGUGACCCACAGUGACGGGAUGCCGCAGAGGGCACAAGACGGAGAAGCCACUGCAGGAGCGUUGCCUCCAGGUGAGGUGGAGUCUACAGAGCACAAAGUCCUCCCAGCUCUGCUCACGCCAGCCCACUCCGAGCCCUGAGCCCCGUUUCCGCUGCUGUAG